AUGAGCAAAUUCGCUCCCAAGAGCAAAUGCCAGGCUCUCCUCGCGGCCCUCAAGGGCUGCCGCGAUUCCAGAGAUCUGGGCCGCGGCCAAGGAAUCCACGCCGAGGCCUCCCGUGCGUGCCUCGAUUCCGACAUUAGGGUUGCCAAUUCUCUCAUCGCCAUGUACUCCAAGUGUGGAAGCAUGGUGGACGCACGCAAGAUCUUCCUUGCCAUGCCCUUCCACACGCUUGCGUCGUGGACGGCAUUGAUCCUCGGGUAUGCGGUGAAUGGCGACAGUGAUCUCGCGCUAGAGAUCUUCCAGAGGUUGGAACUAGAGUCGAGAUUUGUGGAUCUUAGCUCGCAGGCUUAUGUCGCGGCGCUGGUCGCGAUCGCGAGCCUGGCAUCGCACGAAGAACACGAUCACGCCAAGGUUGCGUGGCUGGAGAAGGCGAUGGUCCUCCACUCCAAGGCCGAGAAGAACAACUCGAUCCAACACAUUUUCUUCUCAAGCGCGCUGGUGGAUUGCUACUCCAAGUGUGGCAGCUUGAUUGAUGCUCGCGCGGUGUUUGAUCGAAUGCCUCGCCACGACGUUGUGGCGUGGACGGCACUGAUCCUGGGCAAUGUCGAGAACGAGCAAUGCGAGCUCGCGCUGGAGCUCUUCCAUGCCAUGGGCGGGAUUGGGAUCGUCCCAAACUCCCGGACGAUCGUGGCGGCGUUCAUGGCGUGCUCGGGCCUUGCCGAUCGAGAGCUCGAGGAGAAGAAGAGGGUGGGCAUCUUCUCGACGAUCAAGGCUCUCGAUCGAGCUAUCGAGCUCCACGCUAUGGCAGUGGCAAUGGGCUGCGAUUCCAACAUCUUCGUUGCCAACACCGCCGUGGAUAUGUUCUCGCGCUGUGGAAGCCUGGAUCGAGCCCGAGCGGUGUUUGAUUCGAUCAAGGAGAGGAGUGUCGUGUCAUGGAACGCUCUGAUUCGCGGCUAUGCCGCGCAGCAGGACGAUCGAUCAUCCGCCAUAGCUCUCGAUCUCUUCUCACAGAUGGAGAAUCCAAACCAGCGGAGCUUUUGCGCGGCGCUGGGCGCGUGCGCGAAUCUGGGCGCUAUCGACAUGGCGCGAUCGAUCCACGCCCGCGUCUCCAGCCACGGAUUGCUCCAGCCGGAUCCCAUCCUCGCGAAUUGCCUGCUGGAUUGCUACGCGCGAUGCGGCAGCAUGGACGACGCCGAGCGCGUGAUCGCAUCCAUGGCGAAAGAAUCCCGGAGCUUCGUGGGAUGGAGCUCCAUCAUCGCUGGCUAUGGCCGCGCCGGCGAUGCCAAGGGGGCGAUCUCGGCGCUGGAUGCGAUGCAAGGCGAUGGGUUUCGCCCCAGCGCAACGACGUUUGUGUCGAUCCUCCACGCUUGCAGCCAUGCCGGGCAGGUGGAUCGAGGGCUAGAGCUCUUCGAGUCGAUGGAGCCGCGAUUUGGGAUCCAGCCCGAGAUCGAGCACUACCACUGCGUGAUCGAUCUGCUAGCGCGAUCGAAUCGGGUCGAGGAGGCGGUGGCGAUGGCGAGAAAGAUGCCAUUCGCGGCAAAUGCGGUGACUUGGAGGACUGUGCUCGCGGCGUGCCGGAAGUGGCGGCGCGUGGAGAUUGGCGAGGUUGCGUUUGAGGCUUUGAUCGAUCUGGGCGAGCGCCAUGCUGCGAUCUAUCUCCUCAUGGCUGGGAUCUACGCGGGCGAGGGGAUGUGGGCGGAUCGCGAGCGCGUCCUCUUGGCAAUGAGAUCGUUGUCAUGCAAUUCAAUCACAGGAUCCAAUAUCCAAACCAGUUCAAGAAUGUGUGGAGGAAAUCAAACCGAGCAGAAAGAUCGAGCCACAAACUCCAAAGUUGCAGGUCCUAGUAAUGCCGGCCACCUUGCAGCUGCAUGCAAUCUCAGAAAAUCUCCCAGGUAA